CUUGUCGUCGCUUUAUCGUAUAUCUGUUUUUUGUUUUGCGGUCGCAGCAAUUUGGAGGCAACCAUCUAACCAGCAGAGCCAACCAUCUUAGCCAGCCCAGAGCAGCAAGUAAGCAGCAGCACCAGGCACCAGAAACAGCACCAGCAGCAACAACAGCAGCAGCAGCCGAACGAACACAGGCAGCACUUAACUAUCAAGCUGAAGUUGAGAUCGUAACUUUGCAGUUGGCCGUCGUGCACGGAAGCGUUCGGAAGUGGAAUAUACUUUAUUAAUAAUAUUUCGAGUUGAUACAGAUUUGAAUAAUUUAACAUUUUUAAACCACAUCUUAGCGGAUUGAGACUGCUUUUUGCCUUUUGCUCGCAUUUGUAUUUUCAUUUGCAUUUUCAUAUUCAUUUAAAUUCGAAUUCAAAUUCGAAAUUCGAAUUAGAUUUUAUUUCAACUCAGUGAUUUAAUUGUCAAGUUUGGUUUUUGCUAAAACUUAAAGACGGUUUAUACACAAAAUUUCUUUGUAUUUUAUCUAAUUUUAUAACUUAUCGCGAAAAAUAAGAAUUUUGGUUUACCGUCGCUUUUUUGCGUAUCGCGAUUUAUUUCGAAUUCGAAUCGAACACUGGUUGUCCCAUAUAAUUGCGAUUGCGGCGAUCAUCGAGAGGUACAUUUUCAUUUUGGAUUCUAGAAUUGGAAUUAAAAGAAAUCAAAAAAUUAUAUUUUUGAGCUGUUCGAAAUUAAAAUUAACAAAAAACAAAACAAUUAUACAAAAUGUUUGCUGUAAUGCGGAUUGACAACGAUGACUGCAGGUCGGACUUUCGUCGUAAGAUGCGACCGAAGUGCGAAUUUAUAUGUAAAUUUUGCCAGCGUCGUUUUACAAAACCCUAUAAUUUAAUGAUUCACGAACGCACCCACAAAAGUCCCGAAAUUACGUAUUCCUGUGAAAUUUGCGGGAAAUACUUUAAACAACGUGACAAUCUUCGGCAGCAUAGAACGAUACACGUGGAUGCGUAUGGUCGCACUUACUAACCACAACGCGAUCGGCCUGCAAGCUUGCAACAACUUCACUGCUUAGUUCUUAGCUAUAUUAUCAUAGAUACAACUUAUUUAAUAAUGUUCCUCUCUGUCUGUCAUUCUGUUUACCACUUAAGGAUAUAGGAUGUAUUAUUCUUUGUUUUUUAGACACAAUAUAACCUUCAUUAGAAAAUCAAUCAAUUAAAUUGAAGAUUUUUUUCGCUUCUGAUAAAAAAUUUCAAAUUUAACAAAAAUCAAAACAUAUAAAGUGCUAAAAAUGGAUAUCUCACUUAUUUGCAAAAAUAAACACACACAAACAAUAAUAAUUUAAACAAAAGCUUAUCUAGAAAAAACCAAUUAAGUUAUUCUUUUUGGUUUUUUUGUAAUGAGAGUUUUCAACGAAUUAUAUUUUUUUUUACAAUCCAUAUUUUUAAGAACAAUAACUUAAGUUGCAUUUAAUAUCCUCUCUGUAUUACCCUGCUGCUUAUUAAUUUUCCUCCUUCAUUUUUAUGCCAAUUUGAGUAUUUUUUGACAAUUUUAUUUCUUCUUUGUUUUAAUAUUUAUUUUUUGAAUU